UUUCAAAGGGCGUGAACACGAAGUUCUUUGAUGGAUUCAAGAUAUUACCUUGGUGCAACUGACUAUGCAGUCCUCGUCUUCACGCUCUUGAUCUCUGCAGCUAUAGGUAUAAUAUUUCGUUUUUCUGGCGGGAGGCAGAAAACAACGACAGAAUACUUACUGGCUGAUAGAGACAUGUCUCAAAUACCCGUCACCCUCUCAAUAUCAGUGACAAUAACCUCUGCCGUGAUGAUGCUCGGUACACCUGCUGAAACCUAUAGGUAUGGGUUACAACACGUGGUGACCCCUUUCGGUAUUGUGAUUGGAAUGCUUCUGGCUUCCUAUGUAUUCAUACCAGUAUAUUUUCAAUGCAGAGUUUCAACAGUGUAUGAGUUUUUAGAUAUGAGGUAUGGAAAAUACACUAGAUUAAUUGUAUCAGCGUUGUUUGUGGUACAAACCAUUCUGUAUAUGUCAGCUGUGCUGUAUGGACCAGCACUUGCUCUUAGCGCAGUCACGGAUCUAACUUUAACAACUUCCAUAUUAGUUAUUGGAGGAGUUUGCACAUUUUAUUGUGUUCUGGGAGGCUUAAAAGCUGUUAUAUGGACCGAUGCUUUUCAAGCAGUCUUGAUGUUUACUUGCAUGAUUGUCUUCUACACAGUAAGCAUAAGCGAUGCGGGAGGGAUUUCCAAAAUUUACGAACGAGCAUAUGAAGGAAACAGAUUGGAGUUACUUAAGUGAGAGAAGAUUUACUUAUUGAACUAAAAAUUGUAGGAUUUAUUAGAU